AUUCAUGUUGGGGGAAAAAAAGCCGAAACGGUGAAAGGCCAUCAUCAAUUUCAAACACCUGCACCAUUCCACUUACUCCAGCAGCCAGCCUUCAGGAAGGCAGCGGAAAUAAAGAGAUACUAAUAUGAAUCACUUGCUGCUAUGUCCUUAGUUGUAGGAAACCCAAGGGUUUUGUUUUUAAGUUUGAAUCCACGAGACCAAGCAAGUCCUCUCCCGCUUGGAGAAGGAGACGCUUCUCGGCCAACGCAUCUGGCACUCAAGUCUAAGUCAGAGGUUAUUUUUGUUAUUUCGAUACAAGGGUUGCUGUAGCCCAGGACGGCCUUGAACUCGCUAUGUAGCGGAGGAUUGCCUUUAUUAAACUCCUGAUCCUCCAGCUUGCAGGCCUGCGUCACCACGCCGGGUUUCCAAAGGUUCUUAACUGUUGAGUUCGGGCAAAUUCAAGAGAAUUAGGAAAGCUGGCGCGUGUUUGCCCGGCACCCCAAGCACACUUGCGUGCGGGGUUGGCUGCUUCAGACCUGCCAGACGUUUCCCAGCAGGAAGAGGCGGAGCGCAGAGCAGCGGAGGAGAAAGAGCGCGCGGAAGGUCCUCAGCCUUGGCGCCAACCGCACCUCAGCCGUCUGCUCCGCUAUGCCUGUCGCCGGCCCGGAGCUGCCGCCCCCCGCGCAGCAGCGGGGCGCCGAGUCCUCGCCACACGGGGAGCUGCAGUACCUGGGGCAGGUGCAGCACAUCCUGCGCUGCGGCUUCAGGAAGGAGGACCGCACCGGCACCGGCACCCUGUCGGUGUUCGGCAUGCAGGCGCGCUACAGCCUGAGAGAUGAAUUUCCUCUGCUCACGACCAAACGAGUAUUCUGGAAGGGUGUUUUGGAGGAGUUGCUGUGGUUUAUUAAGGGAUCUACAAAUGCUAAAGAACUGUCCUCCAGGGGAGUGAAAAUCUGGGAUGCCAAUGGAUCCCGAGACUUUCUGGACAGCCUGGGAUUCUCCACUCGGGAGGAAGGGGACCUGGGUCCAGUUUAUGGCUUCCAGUGGAGGCAUUUUGGGGCAGACUACAAAGAUAUGGAUUCAGAUUACUCAGGUCAAGGAGUAGACCAGCUGCAGAAAGUGAUUGAUACCAUCAAAACCAACCCUGAUGACAGAAGAAUCAUCAUGUGUGCCUGGAACCCAAAAGAUCUUCCUCUGAUGGCACUGCCUCCUUGCCAUGCCCUCUGCCAGUUCUACGUGGUGAAUGGGGAGCUGUCCUGCCAGCUUUACCAGAGGUCAGGAGAUAUGGGCCUUGGUGUGCCCUUCAACAUCGCCAGCUAUGCCCUGCUCACCUACAUGAUCGCACACAUCACAGGCCUGAAGCCAGGUGAUUUUGUACAUACUUUGGGAGAUGCACAUAUUUACCUGAAUCACAUCGAGCCACUGAAAAUUCAGCUCCAGCGAGAACCAAGACCCUUUCCAAAGCUCAAAAUCCUUCGAAAAGUUGAGACUAUUGAUGACUUCAAAGUUGAAGACUUUCAGAUUGAAGGAUAUAAUCCACAUCCAACUAUUAAAAUGGAAAUGGCUGUUUAGAAUGCUUCCAAAGAUGCUGUGGAUAUUGUCAGUCUUUAGGGUUUGGGCCUGAUGCCCAGGGUAAAGUUCUUUUUCCUCUAAAGGAAAAAUGAACUAGGUCAAAAAUCUGUCAGCGACCUAUCUGUUACUAUUCAUUACUUUCUAAGGAGCUGUCAUUGACAUAUAUUAACUGCCUUUUAAAAAAAUAUUCACUGAGAAUACAUUAAAAACUGAGAUUUGUAAGUAGGGAGGGAACUAAAAAUUUGUAUACUCUUAGCAAAAACUACAUGUCUGUGAAGAAAAAAGGAUGGUGAGUUUCAUAAACUGUAUAAGCUAUCCCUCCAUACCUGAAACUCAGCUAUAAUAUAGUUCACUUAUAAACAUUCAAAGUUAUGUUUUCUAUGUUACUGUUAUAAAGAACUGUUUUGCAUUUG